AAGCGGCGCUGCUUAUCGAGCGCUCCGUUCAGGAAGCGCCGCCAUCUUGAUUGUCGCCCGUGACUACGUAAAAUGGACGGGGUCUGGAGGCCCGGUGGUGGAGAUCGCCCACAAGGCUUCCCAAAUGUGACCCAUCUUUGGAGGGUUGGUCUGAGAUGAGCGUGGUCACCAAUGUAGUUCUCAAGAAGCGGAGGAAGCCGGAAAACAAACCCCAGUCGCAGCUGAAGAAGUGCCUUAAUGAGAAGCACCGGCGGGAGCAGGAGAACGUCUACCUGGAGGAACUAGCAGAACUGAUCUCUGCUAGCCUGUCUGACAUGAAUUCCCUGUCCGUCAAGCCAGACAAGUGUGCCAUACUGCAGGAGACGGUCAACCAGAUUCGCCGGAUCAAGCAGCAGGAGGCGAGUGGCGGCGGAGGCCUUGGCGAGCUGCAGCAGAGCGAGGUGUCGUCGAGCAAGCCGACCAUCCUGGGCAGUGACGUGCUGGGGCCCUUGCUCCUCGAGGCGCUGGACGGGUUCCUGUUUGUGGUCAACACCGAGGGGCGCAUCGAGUUUGUGUCGGAGAACGUCUCGUCCUUCCUGCAGUACGGCCAAGGGGAGCUGGACGGCACGAGCAUCUACAACAUCCUACACCACGGCGACCAUGGCCGCUUCAGCAGCAACCUGCUGCCCAUGUCGCUGGGCGCCAACGGCCUGGGCUGGACCGAGGCCGGGGGCAAGAGCCGCUCGUUUCAGUGCCGCUUCCUGUUGCGCCCACCCGAUGCCGAGGACAAGCAGAAUAGUGCGCGCGUCGCUCCCCUCUACGAGAACAUGCACAUCUCGGCCAUCUUCCUGCCCUACCCCAACGGCUCCGGCACGGGAGGCGCAGGCAGCGGCGAUGAAUCCGGCGCAGACUCCGAAGUGCAAAACUGCCUGGUCUGUGUGGCCCGCCGUAUCCCCGCGAACGAGAAGAUUCCAGCCUCUGUAGGUGUGGAGCAGUUCACGACACGCCUCGACCUCAGUGGAAAAAUUCUUGCUGUAGACACCAGUGGUGUGUCAUCAACGUAUAGCCAGUACCUCAACAAGUCCCUCGUGGGACGUGUGAUCCAGGAGCUCUGCGAUUCUAGGGACCUCCACAAGUUGGAUCAACAUCUUAAAGAGACUCUCCAGCAGGGUCAGCAUACGAGCGCCAUCUACCGGCUCCAGGUGACGCCCGACAAGUCUCUGCUAGUGCAGACGAAAAGCAAGCGCUUCAACUACAACCAGGUCACGAGCGAGCCAGAGUUCCUCAUGGCCACCCACUCCAUCAUCCGGGACAGCGAGGCCCCGUCCCCGGAUGAGUUGAGCAGGGGUCCGACGCCAGUCAACGGGGCACCCGCCUCCUCGUCGUCGGGCCCGGCCCCCAGCGGUAGCGGGAGCACCAGCGGUGGCGUGGUAGUGACCACCGGGCCCCCGUCCGUGUCCGCUGCGGGUGGCGGCGCAGCGGCCGCCUUCUUCCACCUGAGCCCCUCGUCUUCGGGAGGCAGCCAAGACUUCAACUUGCUAUCCAUGGAGAUGUUCCCGUCCACCUCCUGGCCCGAGGAGGAAGACCUCGCCUCGGCUAACACGCCUAAGGGUGGCAAGAGCGUGCCCGGCGGAGGCGAUGGUGACGACGACGAGUACGGUCCGUCGUCCCUGCCACCUCCCGCAUCCACUCCGGGGGCCGUCAGCGCUCCCUCGCCCUACACGACGGGGGGCACAACCUCGUCGUCGGAGGACGGCGGGCCGCAGAAGCUGCGCAACCUGCUGACCCAGGGCCUGGGAGGGGCCGGCGGCGGGAACGACGAGACUGACGCCCCGAGCAGUAGCCGGUCGGAGAACGUCAUCCUGCGAGAACUCCUCAACCAGGAGGACGAAGAGGAGAGGCAGGAGGGAAACAACAUGCUCAGACGGUUGCUGAAUAGCGAGGACAAUGGGGACAAGAGUUUCCGCAGGUCACAGGAUCUGCUCAUUCAGCAGCUGCUCAAGGCCGAGUCGCCCGACAAGCCCGAGGGCGCGGAAGAAAGUGGCUCCAAGCGCAAGAGCCUGGAGGACGGCCAGGACACGGACCAGCCACCCAAGCGGCCCAACAUGGCGGGCGGGCGACCGCCGACGAUUGCCCGUGUCACUAUCCCAAAGACCUUUGCCCAAAGCAUCCACUACUACACCCAGUACCAGCGCGUCCCCACAGGAAUCGUGCAGCAGGGAGCAAGCGGCAUGUCCCUUAGUCCCGAGAUUAAGGCUCACCUCGCCGGCCAGAACCCGAUGCUGGCGUCGAUGCUGGCGCAGACGCCUCGGCCCGUGCCCUCGGUGCCGACGUCCAUCGCCAACUCGAUAGUGUCGCAACUGCCCCAGGAGCGGUUGCCCAAAAACCUCGAGAAGAAGCUCAUUCACACGCCACUCACGCCCGGUGCGCUGUUGCCCCCUCAGCAGCAGCAACCACAGCAGCCACAGCAGCCGCAGUCUGUGAUGGUCAAGCAGCCACAGCCCGGCCGGCCCACCACAUUGCUCGGCCUCGGACCACAAGAGACCAGUGCGAUGACUCUUCAGCAGCAGCGAACCUUCGGCGGUGGUGGUGGCCUCAUUCAGCAGCAGCAACCACCACAGCACGGCUUUCUCAGCAAGAUCCUGACGAACAGCCCGGACUCGACCAGGCGAGCCGUGCAACUGUCGCAGCAGCAGUCUCAGGCUUACCUGCCUCACACGACAAAUGCGGCGGCGGGAGGCUCCAGCUUUUCCCCGGGCGUAAGUGGUCCCAGCGCCGUGCUCUCCGAGCUCCUCAACGAUUCGCGCGUCCCGGCCAGCAUUGUGAACGCGGUAAACUCCUCGUCUGCGGCGUCCCUCACCAUGGCCGCUGCGGCGGGGGGUGCGUCGGCCGACCAACUGCUGUCGCAAGUGCUGGAUGAUGUGUGGAGCUUGCAGCAGGAAGCAGAGACGACAACAACCUCAGAGGAUACGGUGCUGCUGCGGCUGCUUGAAGAGAUCGUGGAGAAUUCGCCGCAGGUACUGCACUCGCAGGGGCUGCAGAGUGUUCCUCAGGGACAGCCCGAGCUGAGUGAAAAGAUGGCCAUCAGCGUCAUCCAGCAGCAGCUGAUGAGCUUCGAGGCACAGGCUGCGCAGCUGCAGCCGCAGGCUCCUCUGUAUGCGGCACCCGUGUCCUCUGCAUCUUAUCAGGCAGCCCCUCCAUUGUACAACAGCGCGACUGCUCAGAGGAUGCGACUGGCUGCCCAACAGCCACAGCCGCAGCCGGGUCAGCAGCAGCAGCAACAGCAGCAGCAGCAAGGGCUACGUCCGUAUGCACCCAGUGUGGCCAGCAUGGCAGGCGUGUCUCCACAGAUGCGGCGCAACCUUCUGGAGCGGCGGCAGAAGAUAUUCCUGCAGCAGCAGCAGAAGCGUCUGCUGGCGCAGCAGCAGCAGCAGCAGCUCACCAUGCAGACGCAGCAGCAGCCACCCGACACGUUCGGACCCGAGAGCAUCAACGAACUGCUCAACCACGGAGUGGCGCCACCCAACAUUGCCAUUCAGCACAGCUACCACCUGAGCCAGGGACAGGGCAGGGACCUGCAGGAGAAAAUGAUGAAGAUGUUCAGACCGAGAGGUGGAAUGUCUGGUGCAGAUGCGCCUCAGCAGCUGUCUCCGCGAUUCGGCGGUGUGCUCAGUCCCCCUCAGCAACAGUGGACUAAUCGACAAUCAGAUGUUGCCUUUAAUCCUUCAAGCGUUGGAAGACAUAGGACAGUGGUACCCAGGGCAAGGAGGAGGCCCCAGCAGCUGUCUCCAGGGCAGCGCUACUCGCCCCAGCAGCCGCAGCAGGGAGGAGGCGGUUUCCCUAGUCCAUACACGAGUCCGGGCUCCCCUCACCUGGGCUCUCCCAGCGGAGGCAAUGGGCCACCCCAGUGGUCCCCACGGCCCCAGGCGGCCUCCCUCCAGCAGCAGAACCCCAUGCUCAAUGCCCAGCUCUCACAGGGUACCUUCGGCGCGCAGCAGCAGCAGCAGCAGCAACAGCAGCAGCAGCAGCAGCAGGCGCGCUUUGUGAGCCAGGCACGGCAGCCUCAGCCCCAGCAGCAGAUGGCCGGUGGGGGCCUGCGGCAAGUGGUCAGUCCUGGAGCGGGCCUGGCUCGGAACCAGUCGCCCUUCGGGGAGCAGUUUCCUUUUGCUCCAGCCACCAGGGGGGGUCCCUCUCCCGGUCCCCCUCCUCCCCAGCACGGUCGACUGCAGAGGGCUAUGUCUGUACCAGCGGGUGCUCGGGUGAAUUCUCCGCGGACACCGCAGCAGCAGCCCCAACCUCAACCUGGCUUUGGGAGUGACCAGCUCCUCUCACCACCUGGCCCCCAGAUGUCUCCGGGGGGUGCGUACGGUGCCGCACCCGCAUCCUCAGCGCCCGUAUUUGGUCUGGACGCCACGUCCCAGUUCAACUUCGAACAGCACUCUCUACACGGGUUCGCGUCCGACAGGAGUCGAGUCGGGGGCAGCAUGCCGUCUGAGUACGUACGCCAAGAACUCAGGGCCAUAGUUGGAGCCCGAACGCAGGGACAGCAACAACAGCAGCAGCCUCAGCAGCAGCAGCAGCAGGCCCUUCAGCAACAGGGGGGUGGUGUCCGGGGCGCUGGUGGGGGGGGCUCCCUGUUACAAGCUGACCUCGAAGCCCUGGGCCUUCAGCUGGAACUCGGGGGUGCACCUUCUGAGCCUGGCUCCCCCCUCUUUCCAUUGCUGGCACCAUCCGACGCUCCACCAGCACAGCCUACACCCAGGGUUGAAGACAAGCCCAGCAGCGACCAGCGCAAGAGCUUGCUGCAGCAACUGCUCUCCGAGCCCACCUAGGGCCAGCUGGCUGGAGAAGACGCCCCACGUCGCUGGCUGCCUUGGCGGGGCCUAGCCAACGGAUGAAGACGUCUCUCCAUACCGCGUGUGUGUGCCGGGUGUAUGUGUGGUGCCGUACUGUGAGCGCCAGCAAUCAAGCUCCGUCUUGGAUCUGCUGUGACAGUGACCUGUGCCGCGUUGGUGGUGAUGGUUUAGGGGAGGGAAGAACAAUGGCAGGACAGCCACUUUUGUUUUGUUGUGGUUGCCGCUGCGGACCUGCUCUUCGCCGUUGCCCCGCUGCCACUGCGCCUGCCAGCAGGACACCGGUGCGUGCUGUAACGGAGCAGUGCCGUGCGUGUGCCCCCUUGGUGGGAGGAGACCGGUGUCGUUUCUUGUUCUUGUUGUUCCUCAUCGAGUUCUGCCACCGUUGCGUGCGUGUGUGUGAUGGAGAAAAACUGACAGUGACGACGGCAGUGUCACGUGAACUUGGCCUCUCUCUUUCGGAGAAGGGAACUGCCGUAGCAUGUGGGGGGACUCAUCCCGAGCCCACCGCUCCUCAUUAUAUUUUCUUUGUACAUAUGUGUAAAGCAACGCCGUGCGUGUGCCCAUCCUCAGCAGUGUGAUGACGACACAAGACUGCUUUUCUUUAUUAUUAUUAUUUUUUUUUGCUGCUGCUGCGAGUGUAGUUUAGGGAACAGUGUUCUUUUUCCCGGUUUUUCCUCCUCCUCGCGUGCGGUUACUGUUACGGCCGAUGAUGAUGUCUAUGUGGUUUGCUUUGUUUUCUCCCUCCUCCUCCUCCUUCCUGGCCGCACUCGGCCUCGACCUUUUUUUUCUUGCUCCUACAGAGGCACUCGUUUAACUAGUACUACUACUAAGUGUUGUUCUUCUAUCUGUUCGCCCGUGCCCCCGGAAACACUUCAGUUCCUUUGAUCUUCUGUUGCCGCUCUUAGCUAAACGUGUACAGUAACCUUCCUUGGCCAUUUUUCUCUCGCCUCUUCUCCUUCCUUCCCCAUUUUAGGAAAGAAAAGCGUCCUUGUUUUUGUUAUUGUUGAUGCGCACGUCACGUGUGCCGGUCGCCCUCUCUCUAGGGGCGGGCUUCUUCUCCACGCCUGUGAUUUUUCUCGUGCAUGGUAAGGUCUCUCCCUCGCUCUCAGCAGGUCGUCGAGGCCGAAUCACCGGCUGCCCUUCCUUCGGCCCGGUUACACGGUGGUAGCAUUCGUGGCUUCGAGACCACUCCUCUUCGAGCUGUGCUGCCAAUCUUUGUUCUUUGAGCAAGAAAAACGAGCACAGCCUACUGUCCCUUUCUUUAGCGGGCUUUGUCAUUUCAUAGCACCUUCCCCCCUCUGCGCAGCAACCUCUGUUGUUUGUUCGCCGGUUUAAGAAAAAAAAUUUUUUAAGGUGGAGCGGAGAAAGGAGGAAAGCGCCUGGUUAUGUGGAUGGAUGUUUUCGGCUGGCAGUGUGUUGGUGUUUAGUAGAAGAGAUGUUGAUGAAGGAGUCUGUGAUGGAAAAAAAAAAACGCACCUUGGAGGAGGCCUUGCGAAGCACAGCGUUUUUGUCCGACGGAGGGGGUGUUGCGAGCUCACCUUACGUUUUUUUUUUCUGUGUAGUUUGCGAUAUUAAGGAGGGGCCUGGGAUUUGUUGCAUGGUCGUCGUCCCGUUGUUCUCGCCGACUUCUUCUUUUCUUGUUGUUUCCCAUUGUGGAGUCUUGUUUUAGUUAAACUGCUCGCGUCUUGUUGCCACUCUUCUAAUCCCAUCUGGCCAACAUACAUAGCGUUAUAUAAACCAGCCGCAGACCGAGCGCAAUUUGCACCACCCCUCACUCCCCCCUCCCCCCCUUUUUUGAGGAAGUGGGGCCGUCUACCUCACAGGCCACACGUUAGAGUGUGGCGUCAUCUCGUGGAGAUUUUUCUUCUUCCCCCAUUCCUCUGUAUCCCCCGUUUGUUCUACCCCAUGGCUCCAGCCACGCUUUCCUUUUUUUUAUUUGCACUUCUUUAAUGCCUCGUGUACAAAUUGCCACAAAAGGGAGAGGGCUCACGUCUCACGUGAGCUCCACUUUCGGCAGCAGAGAUUGAUAGCCAUUUUUCGACUGCGACGGGCAGUUCAGGGUGUGUGGAUGGGUUUGGGCGUCUAGACGUUUGUAGUUGGUCGUGUGAGGGUUUGUUUCUUGGUGUUUUCCCUUGCCAUGUGCACUGGCUUCAUAGUUGUUUUGAGGAAAAAAAAAAGUGAAUGUCGAUCAAUGGAAGCUGCUUGAAUGUGUCGCGGGGGUUCCCGUUGAGUGAGUGGAUUUACUGCGCGGUUUCUCGGCUCGGAGGGAAAGAGUGCUACCGUGCGCGUUGGCGAGCGCAAAUUUGAACACUAAGCCAGGACUGUCGCAGUUUUGACGCCCCUCGUGCACCGCUGGGAGAGUGUGUUUUGGUAUUUGCGAUGCGAGCUUUGUUUGCAGCGUUUUUUCGGGAAACCCUGGCUUCCCGUACUUCGCGUGAUGACUGGUGCGACUAAUUAGCCAUGGCGCGGCGCUCGACUUGGUGGUACCUACGGGCAUUCUCACUUAGAGGUGCGCAUUGCCGGGAAACUUGGUUGCGGUACUUGGUAGAGGGUGCCGGUAAAGCUUCUUUCAUCGUCGUCUUCUCCUCUGCCUGUCGCUAACUGCGUAAGCGAUGCUCACUCACAUGAAGCCCUGCACCGAUAGGUGGCCGCAUACCGGUGGGCGACGUUCGCGGCUGUCCCGGCACCCUGCGCACCUUUUAUUACGAACUGGGCACUUGGAAUUUAUUAUUUUUCAGGCUGCUUGGCAUAAUGCUGUGAUGGUCUUCUCAGGCGGCGAGAUUCUCAACUUAAGAAAAAAGAAUUACCGGCAGAUAGCUAGAGGGAUAAAAAAAAAUUGAAGUGUCGUUAGAUAAUUUUGUCGCGUGCCUUUUCCUCUUAACCAGAAGCACUAUGGCAUGGAUGAGGGAGCUAGGCAAGCCCACCUCUCUUGUGUCGAAAAGAAAUAUAUAAGGGAAAAAAAAGGGGUGGCAAAUAACUGCCACGCACGAGGGGUGGUGUUCUCGCCGUGCUGUUGUCAGUGGUUGUUUUUUCUUUUUCCACUUGCGCUCCGUCUCGCUCUCCCCUUACUUUUUCUAGUAAAUAUUAUAUGAAUGAAUAUACAUAAAAUAUAUAUAUAUAUUAGAUACAUAGUCAUUUAUAUAUGUGUUACGAAGGGGCAGAGGAGAGGCACUUUUUUGGAGGAAAGGCUUAAAUAAGCGCACUUGCAAGAACAGGAGAGAAAAAAAAACUUGCCGCGCUUGUGUAUAGUCAUGCUGUGACAAGAGUACAAGUGGUGUCUUUCCUUCACGAGGUUCAGCCCUGACAAAGGUGCUUGUUCUUGUUUUGUUUUUUUUCUGGCGGCUUUUAUUUUAAAUCUCUUUCGGACAGACUGUCGUCUAGAUAGGUGCAGAUGGUUACUUAGGUGUGUGUUCAGAGCUCCGUUCCCUUGGGACGUGGUAGAGUCUUUGUUGCGGGCAUUCUUCUGGAGCACGCAGACAAGAGGUUAAAAAAAAAAUUAUAGGAAAAAAGGAAACGAGAAAACUGUCCACAUGCCUGCCUAAACUCUUCUUUGAGAAGCAGCUCAAAACAAAGAUGUCCGCUGCUGCCGGAGCUAUUUCCUUUUUCUCUACAUCUAGGGCCUUAAAAUCGACUGUUACUAUUCUGCUACUGCGUUAAAGAUACUAUAUAAAUAUAUAUAUAUAUAUACACACACGCAAGACAGAGGACAAAACAGAUUAAAUAUAUAUAUCUAUAUACAUAUAUGUGUGGCCAUUUUGUGUUGCCCACUAGGGACCGAGGGGAAAAAAAGAAGAUGCUAUUCUCUGCUGGUGUUCUUUGAAGACAAACAGAUUUAAGAGUAAAAAAAAUAACUUAGCGCGCAGAGUGUUUUAUUGAUAUUUUGUAAUUUGUGAUGGGCCUGCAUGACGAGUCUUUCUCUCCCCCUUGGAAUGUCCCUCCUCUUAGAACGUUGUUAGGCUUUGCAUCGCAAGCACUACCCCCCUCCUUCAUGCUGCAGCUAAGGUGCGUCUCGGCUUCUGUUUCAGCCGUCUUGUUUUUUUUUUAAUCGUAAAACGUCUCAGUCUCAAUUCACCCGCUUUUUUGUCUUUAACUGGCACAUGAACAGGCUUGGAUUGGCUUGGCCGAUGUGGCUGGCCGGCCAGCCACUGCUGAGCUUAAGGCUGUUUCGUAAAAGAAAGCUUGGAAGAGUGAGAGAACAAUAGCUAUCUUGCAGUUUUCCAUGCUGUGUUUUAGGUGUGUUGUCUCGUUCACCUGUACUGCCCACUGUUUCCUUUGAAAACUGCCACCGUUUGCCGCGACAGCUGUGCCGACCCCUUGUUUAAAGAAAAGGUGUGGACUGUGUGCAGACGUCAAAAACUAUGCGCUAGCCCCACUACUUAGCGACUCAAGCCAGUGUCGUGUUUAUUGGGUGAAUUUUCUUAUUUUUAGAAGCUGUGUUCUAGGGGUGUUGGCACUGUGCAUUGUAAUGGCUGCAUGGCGUGGCAUAGUGCGCAUUGGUCUGCAGUAUUGAAUGCACCGAGAAAGGAAGCUGCGUUGUGCACUCUCCGCCGGUGGUUGUGGUGGAUCUUGGUGAAAACAAUCUCAGGACCUUGUUUGACCUUUGGCAAAAUGAAAAAAAUAAAAAAGGAUCACUCCCCCGCCCCCCUUACACACACACAUACACCCCCCACUCUUCUUUUGUACAGCGUUGUCUAAAGAUUGUCUGCCUGCGUAGGUUUCUGCUGUUACCACUGAUCUCGAUUGUCAUCAUGUUUGUUUGCCGAGCGUCCCUUGGCUUGAAGCUGCUGUGAUGUCGUUGAUGACUGCAAGCGAAGUUUUAUGAGAUUGAGUGCAGUCGUUGGGGCCGUACGUUUAUGCCAGGCUUGACGCAGCUAUUGCCGCCGCAUUUGGCUCUGCUGCUGUUGCAGUGAAUAGCGCAAGUUUGUUGAUGUCGUUGUCUACAGGAUUUUUCCUUUUCUCGGCAUUGUGCACUAACUCGGUUCAGUUAAUGGCUUGGCCAUCGCUCGAAAAUUGGUCAAGGGCGCUAGAAGCAUGCUUGAGAUUAAAUUAGUCGAAUUAGGUUUCAAUUUGCAAUUCUUCCGGCAUGCUCGAAGAAAGCUGUGGCUGCAGCGUGGCAUAAACGAUGCUGUCCUUGUACGUGGACUGGUGUAGUAUUGGCAGAAGACAGCGGCAGCCGCUUUGUCUCCCCGGGUAGAGUUCUCGAUCUCGUGUGAUAACGUGUCCUGGGCUUCACAGCGUGCACGCACCAACAAACGUUCACAGCUAGUACGUGCAACCGUUCCACAUCUCCGUUACAGUGUUGCAUCCAUAGCUACAGGGGUGGCGUCUUGUAUGCGUUUCAUCAUAAAACGUUCAUCCUCGCCACAUGCCGAGCGCCGUGUAAACGUCACGGAUGGGGGACGUAUGUGGGAGUGUCAACCAAUCACAUGCAUUAAAGACAAAUGUUCUCUUGUAGAACGCGUAAAAGAUUGCACCCCAGGCGAACCAUUCACGUCUAUCGAUUAAUGCUAAAGAGCAAAACAGUUUGGUGGGAACACAGGUUAAGUUUCACGUUGUGCUGUUCUCGCAAUCUUGUGUGCAAAUGGUGCGAUCUACUUAAGGUGCGCGCUCUUCGUCGCUGUUAGGCACCCUGCCUAGGGCCCCUUCUGCCGCAAAGGUUUGCGUAGUUCUUCAGUUGGCGCACGUUCUGGUCUGGGCACGCUGUAUUAAGAAGGUUCAGCUCAAUCACCAUUGCCUGUCGUUUGUGAGAAUUGCACCAGUUAGUCAGUGCGCGGAACCACGCAGGUCGUGUUUCCAAGGGGCUGUUUGGGUGCAGACAUGUGUUUGCCCAUGGUCACGAGGUGUGUCCGGAACUGUUGGAACGAGUAUGUCGCCGCUGUCUGCUGCCUUUCCCACAGAGAGACUGGAUAAACACAUCUACUUCAAUUUCGUUUGUUUUGCCAGGAUGCUAUGUAUAGAUGGUGGUCAUGCCCGCUUUUGUUACUGCCAUCGUGCUGACUUCGAUUUUUUUUUAAUUCCUGCUGCGUGCACACGUUUUAGCUCUGUACGAGAAGGUUGUUUCAUUUUUUUUCCUCCACGCGUGCGUGUAUUUUCCUGCCCCUCGUGUACAGUGAUGAUGACGGCGAUGUUCGCCGCCCCCUCCUCCCCUCAUCCCCACCUGCCAAGGCUGUGUUUAUCUCCUCCCCAUGUGUGCAUGUGAGCAUUGAAAUGUUUUUGCCAGCACGAUGUGAGGGGCGUCUAUUAGUCUCUUAACCUUAAAAGAAAAUAAUGUUGUAUUAUACUUGUCUUUAUCGUUGGAGAGGCAAAAAAAAAAGCAGAAGCAUUGUGUAGUAUACGGAAAGAAAAAAAAAAGAUAGUGUUCUUGAUUUGUGGCAAUGCACUGUGAGUUUUUUGUUGUAUACAAAAUAAUAUACUAUUAAACAACAUGUAACAAAUUACAUGUCAAAGAAA